AUGCCCGUAUUCGUAUGGAUGGCCAUGAUGAUUGCCUGCGCAAUCAUCAUUUCCUCAUGUAUAAAACCCCUCACUCUGCUGCAACUGUCCCGAAUGGAAUGGGAUGAAUACAAAAAAAUAGCGGGCUCGACGCUGAUGUCUUCGCUGCUUUUUUUAGCAUCGUGCGUGGCAUUUAAAUAUUACGCCGGAAAUGGCCUGCAGCUGCCCGUCACGCUCGCUAUCGGGACGGUGGGAUUUAUCUAUUAUUCCAUCACUCUCUAUCUGGACGCCGUGGAUGAUGACAGAAAGAAAAUUGCGAAAAAGGCCUUCACCCUUGCGCGCGGUUUAUGGCUGAUUAUCUCCUUCAUCUGCUACAUACUGGCGCGAAAGAUCUUUAUGGACGUCACGGAUGUCACCUAUGAGGCGACGUUCAAUAAAAUUACGUCGUUUGGAUUCUUUUUAAUUUUCUGCACCUUAUUUUUUUCAAUGGUAUUUCUGUUAUUCACGAUGGUACUGCCCUUGUUGCAGAAUUCAUCGAUGCAGUUCAACGUCCUUGCGGUUUCUGCCCCGCUUUUCUGCGCUGGCUAUAUCUUCUUUAUUGCUUAUAACGUCAAUACCAGUCGGGUGCUUGAAUACGUCCUCAAUGUGACAAUCGAUUACGACACUCGGGAUACGUUUUACUGCAACAAUGAAUAUCGGAUCCUCAACGACUAUCCCAAUGCGCGCUUUAUGAUGAUGGGCGAGGGUAAUUACCGCGUGUUUACGCCGAAAAAGCAGGAUUACGGUAUCUGGCGGCUGACGUGUAAAAACGUCGCGCCUUUUUAUUCCCUUGUAGAGGUUCAGGAUAGAAAAGAUGUUGUUAAGCGAGAGACAAAGUAA